UUUUCUUCGUUUUGCAUAUCGCACUCGUUCUAUAUAUUCAUUCUUCGUCCUCUCCUUCCCGCUAAUAGUAAACUCAUCCGACUCUUCAACGCCACAACAGCUGCAUCCUCACUCACAGGGUUUCAUAAAGGAUAAAGAGAAUUUUGCAGCAAUGGCGACUACUAGAGUUCAGAGGAUUAUGACCCAGCCUAUCAACCUCAUUUUUCGGUUUCUCCAAAGUAAAGCAAGGAUUCAGAUUUGGCUUUUUGAGCAGAAAGAUACGAGGAUUGAAGGCAGAAUUAUUGGGUUUGAUGAGUACAUGAAUUUGGUUCUUGAUGAGGCCGAAGAAGUCAACAUCAAGAAAAAUACCAGGAAGUCAUUGGGGAAGAUUCUUUUGAAAGGAGACAACAUAACAUUGAUGCAGAAUACGGGUAAAUGAUGAUUUUGGCCUAGCGAGGAUAUAGAACAUGAGUAGCAGAGUUGAAUCUUGCAUAUUAUACUGUCUGAAAAUGCAAGUGCAACAAUCGAAUUUUCUGCUUAUCUACUGUUUGUUCUAGAUAUCUCAUUUAACCUAAAACCUCAUACAAAUGAGUGUAGAAUAUGGUGCUGCCACCUGGUAGUGCAGUAAUUUGGUUACAUGUAAUGCUUAAAAUUUGGUGCUAGCACAUUUCACAAAAUUAAUCUCAUCGGUUGUCAUAUUUUUAUUGAU